UUUCCCUCUCUCGAUCACCCUCUGCUUCUCUCGCCUCCCCGCUGUUCCCUCUCUCCAUCAAGCACCGCCACCCCUCCUCCGCAUGGAUCGGCCUGUCAAGCGGCGAAAGACCUCAGCAGCGGCCGCUUCCGCCUCUGCUGAGGCCGCUGCCGCCUCUUCUAAGGCCGCGGCCGCCUCCGCUAAGGCCGCUGCCGCAUCAGACGGCGAUGUCAACUCGGAUGACGAACAAGUUGCGGACGCCGUCCCCGUUCCAGUCGCCAACCCCGAAGCCGUCCCCGACGCCGUCACCGUCACCGUCACCGUCCCCGUCCCCGUCCCCGUCCCCGUCCCUAAAGCCGUCCCCAUCCCCGACCUCAAUGUUCCGGUCCCCGUUCCCGACCCCGUCCCCGUCCCCGUUCCAGUCGCCGUCCCCAUCCCCGACCUCAAUGCCCCGGUCCCCGUUCCCGACGACGUACCCGUCCCCGUUCCAGUCGCCGCCCCCGCUGUCCCGGUUCCCGUUCCCGUUCCCGACGCCGUCGCCGUCCCCGUUCCAGUCGCCGUCCCCGCAGCUCACCCCGCGUCCCCGGCUGUAGAGAUUCAGUACACGUACGACGAAGCAGGGAGACUCACGGCCGUCCAAUACAUAACAAGGCCCAAUGUCUAUCUACAGAGCUUGAGGUUUGGCACUGGCAGUGGAGAAAAGAGAGGGUAGACUCGUUGGCUUGACUGGUGCGAUAAUUCUUGAUUUUUUUUCCUUGAGGACUUGUUGGCUUCACUGGUGCGAUGUAUUCUUGAUUUUUUUUUUUUUUUUCUUGACUUACUUGUUGGCUUCACUGGUGCGACCUAUUCUUGACUAGACAUAGACAUGACAAUACAAUACAAUACAUCAAUGAACUUUUUUGCCAUAGGUAUUAAAGUAGUUUAAUUUGUGUCGAGCUCAAGUCUGACAUAAAGUGGCUCGUAGUCUUAUUUUACUCUCAGUUCCACGAGCCCUAAUUCGCCGCCUGCCCUAAACCCCGCUGGCCGAAGCGCGUCAUGAUCGCCGCCGCCGCUGGCAGGUCGAUCCUCCGCUCGCCUUGCCUCAGGGGUGCUGCCUCGAGAUCCGGAUCAGUGCGGCCUUCCCUGUUUCGCUCCGUCCCAAAGCAGAGGCAUCCGUCUGCGGCCGUUCGCUUCCACAGGUCCCCCGUCGAGGCGAGCUCUGUGUGGAAUCGAUGUUGCCGAUGCACAAUGCCACGGCUUCUGCGUUGAUGACGUCGAUGCUCACGAUUUCGCGAAGAUGGAUGAGUUGUAGAUUCGGAUUUUCGAGGGGCAAUGCACGGGUGCAGAUCUUUAAUUUAGAUUGCUGUUGGAGAUGGAUUGCAAUACUCGUGACCAUAUUUUUCGCUUCAUUUCUUCUCGACCUUCUUGUAGCUUGACAGUAAACUGUCUAAUAAUUUACAACUUGUCAAGAUGUAGCAUUUAUGAAUUCUUGUCCGGAAUCUAUAUAACUUGUGCUCAAGGCAAUGUGAGAAUUUAUGUGCCCACCUAUUUAUCUUUUCUGUCAAAACAAGUCUGUUCUCCUAAAGUUACAGAAAACGUUUCGUCCA